AAGUUCCUCUUGUAUCCUCUGCAGAGAUACUAUUCUGUUACUUGCAGCUCUAGUCCCUAUGCCUCCUAUAGCAACCAACGUGGAUUUUUACUCUUUCUCCAGAAGGCUGUGCUAUGGUGGGUUUUCUUUCUUAAGACUAAAUAAACAUACCGGCACCACUGCUUAAAUUUUCCACCCUUUUGCAUUCCCUUCCCUAGUAGUCUCUCCCUCCCACCCCAUACUCUUUGUCUUGGGUUAAGAUUCUAUUGACAUGUUUCUGUCUUUCUCACUCCUGUUGUUCUUGGCCUUUUGCAUAAAUAGUGUAAAACAGUAUCUUAAGUUCUCUGUGUACAACUCUAUCCUGCCCUGAUAGAGGGAUGGGCUUAAUGAUCCAAUACAUCUCUCCCGUCUCAAAGUCCUCUGAUCAUUUGGAUUCAGACUGAGAUGGUUUAGCUGCUUCUUCCACCACUUUUUGUUGACUCUUAAGGGACUUCGUCUUGAUACCUCAAGCCAUUGCACUUCUCUGCAUUGAUAACUAGAUCUGUCUGUAAUGUGGACAACUUAAAGGUCAACAGUAUAAAGUAUGUGGUGCCAUAGAUUGACACAUCUAUUCUCCAGCACCCAGUGCCUGCUGAAUAGAGGCAGUGGACACCAAAUAUCAUGGCAGCCCCGUUACAGAAAGAGCCUCCCUGCUGUAUCCCGUUGGCACCAUAUGGCCCCUGCGUCUCUGAACUGUGCCUGGCAAUUACAUGGUGAUCAUUUAGAGCUCAGGUAUGCAGAGACCCUGAUGCGCUUUGAUUAUGUGUGGCUGCGUGAUCACUGCCGCUCUGCAUCCUGCUACAACACCAAGACUAACCAGCGCAGCCUAGACACAGCUAGUGUGGAUCUAUGUAUCAAACCAAAGACUGUUCGAGUGGAUGAGACCACGCUCUUUCUAACAUGGCCAGAUGGUCAUGUGACCAGGUAUGGGUUAGAGUGGCUGGUGAAGAACAGCUAUGAGGGUCAGAAGCGGCAGGUCAUGCAUCCUCGAAUUCUCUGGAAUGCUGAGAUCUAUCAGCAAGCCCAAAUGCCCUCCGUGGACUGCCAGAGCUUCCUGGAGACAAACGAGGGGCUGAAAAAAUUCCUGCAAAACUUCCUGCUGUAUGGCAUUGCUUUUGUAGAAAACGUCCCCCCGACCAAAGAGGACACGGAAAUCUUAGCAGAAAGAAUCGGCUUGAUCAGGGAGACCAUCUAUGGUAGAAUGUGGUAUUUCACCUCUGACUUCUCCCGGGGAGACACGGCAUACACAAAACUGGCUCUGGAUCGUCACACUGACACCACCUACUUCCAGGAGCCUUGUGGUAUCCAGGUGUUCCACUGCCUCAAACACGAAGGGACAGGAGGCAGGACGCUGCUGGUGGAUGGCUUCUAUGCAGCAGAGCAAGUUCUCCAGCGAGCUCCUGAAGAAUUUGAGCUCCUCACCAAGGUGCCGCUGAAACAUGAGUACAUUGAGAAUGUUGUGGGAUGUCACAACCACAUGAUUGGGAUUGGGCCGGUUUUGAAUAUCUACCCCUGGAACAAUGAGCUCUAUUUGAUCAGGUACAAUAACUACGACCGAGCUGUCAUCAACACAGUGCCUUAUGAUGUUGUGCAUCGCUGGUACGCCGCGCAUCGCACACUCACCACAGAGCUACGGAGACCAGAAAACGAACUCUGGGUCAAACUGAAGCCAGGCAAGGCUCUGUUUGUGGAUAACUGGCGCGUCCUGCAUGGACGGGAAUCGUUCACGGGAUACCGCCAGCUGUGUGGGUGCUACCUGACAAGAGAUGACAUGCUAAAUACUGCACGUUUCCUGGGGCUGCAAGCUUAACAUAGACUGUCAGCAGCAGAGAAGCAGCAAAACCUGUCAACCACAGUGCUCCCAGAACUGUGCGUCACCAGAACGAGCACGUUUUAAAUACCUCAUACACCCUAUCCCUGCCAAAUAGUUCUCGGUGCCUGGGGGAAUGGGCAGGAGUUAAGGGUCACCAGAGCUUUACCUGAUUGUCAGCUAUGGGGCAGAGGGGGAGACCUCUCUUGCUCCCCACCCCCAUGGCCUUUCAGCACAGUCUGAUUCAGCUUGAGAAGGAAGAAGCCAAGGAUCUGAGUUGCUGCUGAAAAUGCUCACAAACACCAGCUGAUGCCAAAUUCCAAUCAAGUGCCUUCUGAAUUUUAAAUGAGGUGGUAAAGCCCUCAGGUUCCCCUAGGUGUUUUAUCAGCAACCUUCCAGGAUUCAUUGCACGUGAUAGGCCAGAGUAGCUAUUUGCUUUGUUUUGACCCUGAGCUAGACCUGAUUCCAGCUCGAGAGAGAACAAGAGGAUUUCUUUGGUCCUGCUUGAAGUAAUGCAAACACCAAGUUAUUCCAGCGUGAGGGUGGUGACAAGUUUCUUUUCUCUUUCCUGCUCCUUAAACACCUCCCCUGGCCACACCCAUGUUCAUGCAUUUUGGGGCAGAUACAAUGUCAUCUUUCUCCAGUAAUUGAAGGCAAACUGUGCUGACUGAUGGCCCAAACGCAUCAGCCAGUGUAGUAUGGAACCUCUCCAGGGAGAUCUAUGGGGAAGGAGGAGAAGUGAGAACAAUCUGGGAGGGAACAAGGUGCAGUUCAUCAGGCAGCAGUGCAAGGCAAGGACACUAUUUCCCACACCCCUCCUUAGUUUGAGCAGCAGCAGGCUUGUCUCCACUGUUCCCACAGCCUUAUCUGGUCAGAGCUUCCCUGUACAUAGGGUGAAGGCACAACUGCUGCAGAGUUUCUUGUAGACUUGCUGCUUGGGCCUUUUUGUUCUCUCUGCCUAAGGGCUAUAGGCUUAGUGCAGGGAAGCUGGCAACCUGCUGCUGAGAGAGGCUUAGGGUCUUGCAUCAUAUUUUCCUCCAAAGUUCAUUAACGAGAUGCCUUUCAGGCCCAGAAAGACAUGGAUUGCAUAGGAGUGUCUGGCAUUUUAAAGGGACACUGUCAAGAUAGAAAUCCUCUUUAAAAGCAGACCCUUUCCUGUUACCAAUGACAACUGACCAUGACCAAUCUCAUUUAUUUUUUCACUCUUCAGGCUAUUUGCUUUUUUCACCUCACUAAGCCUGGAAAAUGAAACGAGGCUGGUCAGUCUUGCCUCUGAUUCUCCUGAACUAGCCAGCUGCUGUUCUGCUGCAAACAGAUCAUGGGGAUGUUUACCUAUAAAGCCAGUGGUCUUCAUUUAGUUCAUAUACAGAUGAAUGUCUCCUAGUACUAGGGUUCAUAAAAUUUCUCUGAAACCUACCUGGGUGAAAUGAUUAGACAGUGUCCAUUUAAGGGACUCGCUCCGCUAGGCAGCAAGGCUUCGCUUCAGUCAUUGGGGUUUGUCAGGGAGUAACUGCAGCACCCAGUGUAAUCCACCAACUGGGGAUAUGUGCAAAAGUGAUCCAUUAGCUGUGAAUUCAUGUCUGCAAGUUUUGGGUGGAGAGGGUCUUUUUUCCAGUUGUGUGUUUUCCAAGACCCAUGGACUGGAGGCUGCUCUCGUGCUGACAGUUUCUGCUAUAGGAGGCAGCUCUCAAUUUUUGUCACAGAAGGAAGGAAAAAAGCCUUAUCAAGUCCUAUGCACAGGAUUCUUCUCUUGUAAAUUGGUGGGAGGGAUAGCUGAGUGGUUUGAGCAUUGGCCUGCUAAACCCAGGGUUGUGAGUUCAAUCCUUGAGGGGGCCAUUUAGGGUUCCGGGGCAAAAUUGAGGAUUGGUCCUGCUUUGAGCAGGGGGUUGGACUAGAUGACCUCCUGAGGUCCCUUCCAACCUUGAUAUUCUAUGAAUUAACAAGAACUCUGCUACUUGGUACACACGGGGACUACCACAAAGCAUACAUUUUAAAUGUAAAAAAUGGAUAAAAGCGAAAACGUUAAAAAUCAGGGUCUUGCCACUUCAUGCAUCUCAAUGAGUGAUACUACCUGGGCAAUGCCACUUUCUGGCCUUUGGUGCUUUUACUACAAUGUCGUCUUGGGUUCCAAACACUGCAUUGGGGCGGCGGGUGAUUUCAAGAACAGCCUAGAUAUAGAAACAGGUGGAAAAACCUGUUUGUAUUGGGUGUUUUAAAACUGUAGGGAGUGGGGAGGGAGUUUGCCAUCGAAAUGUUGGGCCUGAAGCGCAGCUGAGAACUUUGCAUUUGAGAGGGAGUGGAAUUCACAAAUUUCUUCACAGCCUGGGCGAUGUUCUGUCAGGAUUUUGUUGGAAUGGCCGUGAUGUUUGCACAUGGCAAAGUGCUACCAGAUUUCCUGAGUCCGAAUCUCUGUAUUUCAAAGAGCAGCACUGUGGGUAACACAACCAGUGACACUCUAUCUUCUCUCCAGUGGGGCCAGCUGCUCCCAGCAGCACUUGUUACUAGGUAAGGCUCUCCUUCCUCCGGAAGCUCAAACACCCAGGACUCAGACUAGAGCAAGGGAAAAAUUGCCUCAAGGUUAUUGACAAGAGACUGGAGUGAAACCUGUGCCUUUCUGAUAGGGAACCGCGGUAUGGUAGGUGUAAGCUCCUCUGGACCCAGCAGACUGAUAAGAUGGGGGACACCAGUCUACCUAGAAGCAACUCUGGUGGAAACUGAACCCUCCUCCCUAACUCGCCAGAAGUGACCAUACGCUCCCCAUUAUAAUGAUGUGCUGGUUUGUUUUCCCCUUGAAGCACAUGGUGGGGAAAGCUACCAGGAAUUUGUAAGCUUCUGAAACAUAUUUUUCCUGCAUGUCUUUUUCAACGUCUCUUAACCUCCCUCCCCAACAACAAAGGUGGAGGGGCGAGAACUUGGUUUAACCUUCCUCACCACCCUUCCCCAGAUCUUAGGGAGUUGGAAUUUCUUCUGAGCAACUUGCUGGAGUCAAGUAUUUGGGGAAACAGUAUUUCUUAGUCACACACUAGCGCUCUGUCAAAUCUAUGCAUUUGUCUUAACACCAUGUCUGGAACAGUCUGUUCACAAUGAUGCUCUUCGGUGUACUCAAGCUUUUCAGACUAAUUUUUGCUAAUAAAAUAGGAAUUGCUUCUUUUUUUCACCACA